CCCGACGCUCUCCGACGGCACAAGGUAAUUUGACUCGGCAGCCACGCCUGGGAUUCGUCUUUGCCAGGUUCCUCAUGCCGUGCCUGUCUCAAUCUAAUGGGGUAGGGUAACACCGACCAGCAGGACCUCCGCUUCUGCUGAGCUCACGCCAUUGCGUGAGCCCGCAGCACCGCCGACAUAAAUGUCUCGCUCCCUCCCCCCUCCCCCGGCGCUGAGUGUCUCCUCGUGCUGUGCUGUCUCCCGUGGUCGCUGGAUCCUCAAUCCUACCCAGACAGCUCACGAUGCGUUCCUUCUCCGCUGUCGCUGCCGCGGCGCUGGCCGUCUCCUGGGCUUCUCUUGCCCAGGCCGCUCGCCCUCGUCUCGCGCCCAAGCCCGUCUCUCGCCCGGCGUCCAGCACUUCCGCUGCCACCACGGGUGAGGCCUACUUCGAGCAGCUGGUGGAUCAUCAUAACCCGGAGAAGGGGACCUUUUCGCAGCGCUACUGGUGGAGCACCGAGUACUGGGGUGGUCCUGGUUCGCCGGUGGUUCUGUUCACGCCUGGUGAGGUCUCUGCCGAUGGCUACGAGGGCUAUCUCACCAAUGAGACCCUCACUGGUGUUUAUGCGCAGGAGAUCCAGGGUGCUGUUAUUCUCAUCGAGCACCGCUACUGGGGAGACUCCUCGCCCUACGAGGUCCUCAACGCCGAGACUCUUCAGUAUCUCACCCUUGAUCAGGCCGUCCUCGAUAUGACUUACUUUGCCGAGACGGUCAAGUUUCAAUUCGACAACAGUACCCGCAGCAAUGCGCAGAAUGCACCCUGGGUUAUGGUCGGCGGCUCUUACAGUGGUGCUCUGACUGCUUGGGUUGAGUCUGUCGCUCCUGGCACAUUCUGGGCCUACCAUGCCACCAGUGCCCCUGUGGAGGCCAUCUAUGACUUCUGGCAAUACUUCUACCCCAUCUCGCAAGGUAUGGCGCAGAACUGCAGCAAGGACGUCUCCCUGGUAGCCGAGCAUGUCGACAAGGUCGGAAAGACCGGCACGGCUGAGGAACAGCAGAAGCUGAAGGAGCUGUUUGGUCUUGGUGCUCUCGAGCACUACGAUGACUUUGCAGCUGUCCUCCCUAAUGGCCCGUACCUCUGGCAGGACAACGACUUUGUCACUGGAUACUCCGAAUUCUUCCAGUUCUGUGACGCCGUUGAGGGUGUCGAAGCCGGCGCCGCAGUCACCCCUGGACCCGAGGGAGUCGGUCUCGAGAAGGCUCUAGCAAACUAUGCCAACUGGUUUAACUCGACUAUGUUGCCUAACUACUGCGCUAGUUACGGCUACUGGUCCGACGAAUGGAGCGUCGCUUGCUUCGACAGCUACAACGCCUCCAGCCCUCUCUUCACCGACACCUCGGUUGGCAAUGCCGUCGACCGCCAAUGGGAGUGGUUCCUUUGCAACGAGCCUUUCUUCUGGUGGCAGGACGGUGCCCCCGAGAACGUGACCACCAUUGUGCCCCGUCUCGUCAGCGCCGAAUACUGGCAACGCCAAUGCUCGCUGUACUUCCCCGAAACCAACGGAUACACCUUCGGCAGCGCGCAGAACAAGACCGCCGCCACGGUCAAUGAUUGGACCGGUGGAUGGUUUGAAACUCGCAACACGACUAGAUUGAUCUGGACCAAUGGACAAUACGACCCCUGGAGAGACUCCGGUGUCUCGUCCACCUUCCGUCCCGGUGGCCAGUUGGUGAGCACGGCGAAUGAGCCGGUGCAGAUCAUCCCCGGUGGAUUCCACUGCUCGGAUCUGUACAUGGAAGAUUACUACGCGAAUGCGGGAGUUCGUAAGGUCGUCGACAACGAGGUGGCCCAGAUCAAGAAGUGGGUGGCGGAGUACUACGCAUGAAAAGGAUGGCCCAUGCCUGAUGAAAGAUCUAUGAGAGAUGAUGAAUCAAGGAUAUCUGUAUAUAAGUAGACACAGGACAUGCUUCUCUGAUGAAGAGUGUGAGAAGAUGAAUAUAUAAGAGACACUGAGUCUUUUUUUCCUCGGG